UCACGGAGAAGCUUGAACGGCGUAAGCAGGUAGGUCAUCGGACAUCGGUGCGAUAUAACCCUGCCGCCGCAUACGCACGACCUCUCCGCGGUGCCUAUCUGGCGCUAAAUCAUCACAGUUGCACACAGAAAAGUCUAUAUAUGCAAAGCAUGUCUUCCAAUCGAUACAGCAGGUACCAAGGCGGCGGCACCAGCAGCAGGUCCAAACAGAAGGUUAUAACGAAUAAGGAUGUCUCAACCAAUCAACCUUUACCAGGUUCUAAUAACCAGCGAUCUACGAAGCCGCUGGGCGCCGCCUCUACCUCUGCCUGUGGUAGUGGAAGCCGAGAAUCUACAGGCAAGCCUAGUAUUCCCGAGGGCGGAGAUUGGGUUUCUAGUGUCAGCCACGGUAGCAAUUUUGUUGAUUACUUGCCUCAGGAUGAGGCGGUUGCUACUGGGCUAGGAGCUGACAAGGGCGGAUUGGAUCCUGUUGAGUCACAGCAAGUGGUGGAUCUAUUGAACAGAGAAUUAUCUCGUCUUCUGAAAUUGAACCCUACAGAUUUCUGGCGAGAAGUGGCCAGCAAGACAUCUCUUCACUCUUUCCUUGAAAGCUUUCUUAAGUUUAGGAGUAGAUGGUAUGAUUUCCCAUACCGUGGACCAAAGGGCACAGUUGCUGGAGUUAUUGUUGGUGAAUUUGAGCUAUCCCGACGUGUCUUCAUGGUCUUAUAUCGCAUUUCUAAUCCCGAUCUUGGAUCCAAGGCUGCUGACUGUUUCAGUGGGGAAGAAUAUUCAGCUCUUUUGCAGCAGAAGAAAUUACUUAAUUUGUCAAAGUUGUUAGAAAUUUCUGCUAUAUAUGGUCAUGAUAAUGAAGAUCUGUCAAGAAUUUUGGUAAGUUUGAAAUCUCUCUCUCUACCCUUUUGCUCUUUUGGUGAGGUUCUUUGCUUUUCAGUUUGAAACACAAGCUUCCAAUUGUUUGAGCAUACAGAUGUGUCACUGUUUGAAGGUACAGAUGCUUAAGCUAGAUUACGUAGAUGUGUUCCUUUUAUGGAUGUGAUAACCGGGCAAUACCAGUUACUCAACAUUAUAUUCUAGCACUGAAAACUUUUUGUCAAAUUCAGAUGGAUCAGAAUGAAUUUUCUUCUAUAUGGUAUAUUAUAUUGGGAGGUAACCUGGAAUUUUAAACAAAUUUGGCUGAUAGAAACCUGAUAUGGCACGGUGAUGCAAGUUACAGGUCACUAUAGAAAAUUGAUUUUAUAAAGCUAUUGUGGUUUACUACUGAACUUUUUUGCUUCACAUGCUAUGCAAAGGGCUCUGAUCAAGCUGUAUUAUAGAGCUUAGCAUUGUAAAUGUCCAUGAACAAGGUCAACAUUGUUAGAUUGCAAAAUUAUCUCAAAUUGGUUCCUCAUUUUAUGCUUGCAAAAGUUUCCUAAUUAGGCUCAUAAGUCAAAGGUAACAUCUGGAGUUGUCAGUGUACCACCAUGACACCUAGGUGCCUAGGCAUUAGGUAACAAGUAGUACAU